UCCCUCCCGCGAUACCUGGGCGGAGCACGGGAUGACGCAUGCGCGUUCUCGGCGGCCGAGGCACCGCGGUGCCUACCGGGACUGAGCUCUCAGCCGCCCGAUCAGGAAGUGGCGGGCGGAGCCGGGGGAAGAGUCGCCGCCUCAGCCGCCGCUUCAGCAGCAGCCGCCAGUGCGAAGACCCCCCGAGCUGGCGGGGCAGCGCUGGGCAUGCGUGCCGGGCGGCGGAGGCGCUGACAACGAGCCCGAAGCGGCAGCCACGCGAACGUGGGCGGCUGGUCCAGGCGGAGGCUCUGGGAGGCGGCGGCGGGGCGCGUGGGGCGGCCCUCCUGGCUCAGCAUUAUGGAUCCAAGUCUUUUGAGAGAACGGGAGCUGUUCAAAAAACGAGCUCUUUCCACUCCUGUAGUAGAAAAACGUUCUGUGUCUUCGGAGCCAUCAUCAUCAAAGAAGAAAAAAGCAAAGCUAGAACAUGGAGGAUCAUCGGGCUCUAAACAAAAUUCUGAUCAUAGCAAUGGAUCAUUUAAUUUGAAAGCUCUGUCAGGAAGCUCUGGAUAUAAGUUUGGCGUUCUGGCUAAGAUUGUGAAUUACAUGAAGACACGACAUCAGCGAGGAGAUACACAUCCUCUUACUUUAGAAGAAAUUUUGGAUGAAACGCAACAUUUAGAUAUUGGACUCAAGCAGAAGCAAUGGCUAAUGAGUGAGGCACUAGUCAAUAAUCCCAAAAUUGAAGUAGUAGAUGGAAAGUAUGCCUUUAAGCCCAAGUACAACUUGAAAGAUAAGAAGGCUCUGCUUAGGCUCUUGGAUCAGCAUGACCAGAGAGGCUUAGGAGGGAUUCUUCUAGAAGACAUCGAGGAAGGAUUGCCCAAUUCCCAGAAAGCUGUCAAGGCUUUAGGGGACCAGAUACUAUUUGUAAACCGUCCUGAUAAGAAGAAAAUUCUUUUCUUCAAUGAUAAGAGCUGUCAGUUUUCUGUGGAUGAAGAGUUUCAGAAACUGUGGAGGAGUGUCACCGUGGAUUCAAUGGACGAGGAGAAAAUUGAAGAGUAUCUGAAGCGACAGGGUAUUUCUUCCAUGCAGGACUCCGGACCAAAGAAAGUGGCCCCAAUUCAGAGAAGGAAAAAGCCUGCCUCACAGAAAAAGCGACGGUUUAAGACUCACAAUGAGCACUUGGCUGGGGUGCUGAAGGACUACUCUGAUAUCGCUCCUGGCAAGUAGUAAACAGUUUGGUCUGAGAGCAAAGAGUUUCAAAGUCAAGAUCUUCCGUGUUGACGCUGGCAUCUGCAGGCUGAUCAUCUUCCUGUUCUCCCACCUAGGACUGAGGAGAGGAGCAGUUCGGUUUACAGAACUAGGGCAAAUUACCAAACUCGAAGCUUGUUUUCCUUAAGGGGCUAAUGAGAAAUGUAAUGUCCCCUGUGAACCUCCUGUCACUUCUCUGGGGAACGGCGCUCAGCAUGGCGUGCAGGCAUCUUUGCUAUUUAUCGCUACUUCUAAGUGGCUCCUGGUUCCAUUUUCCCCUCUUUUAUUACUUUAGAACAAGUUUGCUGGUAGUCUUGAAUGCAAUAUUUGUUUAUUCCAAAAGAUCAUAUUUAUAAUAAAAUCAUUGUAGAAGGAGCUCUAAGACGUCGGUGACUUUAGUUUGCUUCUUUCCGUUCUUGGCAGUUGCCGGUGGUCUUUGAGUCCUGCAGGUGCUAGUCUGGAAUGUUGUUGAAGACCGUGGUCUGGGCUGCGUCACUGAGCGUGUGGAUUUCACAGGUGGAACCCAAGGUGUGCCUCUUGUUGGCAAGUGAAGCAGUAAAGGUACACUUGACAUGAUUCUUAAUGCUUUCUUUUAAAAGGAUAGAUCACUGUUUAGUCUCCUGGAUGUCCCAGGUCAUGUUGUCAGGCUGUUUACAGCAUGGAUGGGCUGUGUCUACGUGCCAGCCUGAAUGUCUGUGUUAUGGUGUCCCAGCCCUGGUGGCGCCUGGCCCCAAGGUUCUCACUCACUGAGCUCACGAGAGCUGUUACCACGUAUGUAGAUUCCUAAGAAUCGUCAUGACUUUUGGGGAGAUCUGUGGUCAUUCCAGCAUUCUACUGUAAGCAACCCAUUUUCCUUCUCUGUGCUUGUUUAUGAUUUGUAGUGGCCCUUUGGGUUGGUUGAUAAGGUCCUCAUAUCACAAAUUGAAACUAGUGGAUUAUAAGAACAGGGUUUGGUGUUUGUAAAAAAGGCAUAAUGAUAACCCAGAGCAGUAACUACUCUGUACACAUGACAAGGAGCCAUUUUGUUGUUUUAUUUACUUCUCAUUGAUUUUGAGUGUCAUCUUAUCUGUUUCUUAUACCCAAGCCCCAAAAGACAUCAUAAGAAGAUGUAAAACUGAGAUGCCUCACUGAUUAAUGAUGUUGAGCAUCUUUUCAGGUACCUGUUCGUUAUGUGUGUAUUUUAUUUGGAUGAAUGUCUGUUCAGGUCUAUUUGAGUCCUUUGCCUAUCUUUUAAUUGGAUUAUUUGUGGAGUUGUUUUUUGCUACUGAGUUGUAUGAGUUCUUUAUGUAUUAUGGUCAUAUUAACCCCCUUAUCAUUGUAAGAUAAAUGAUUUGCAAAUAUUUUGAUUCCAUAGGUUAUCUUUUCUUUUUUUUUUAAAUAAUUUGCACUGGAUCUUAGUUGUGGCAUGCAGGAUCUUGUUUUUUUGUUUUUUUAAUCCAUUCAACAAGUCUGUGUAUUUUUAUUGGAGAAUUUAAUCCAUUUACAUUUAAGGUAAUUAUUGAUAGGGGAGGACAUUGAACUGUUUCCAUUUUGUUGUUUUCUGGCUGUUUUGAUAUAUGGAGAAGGAGAUAGUCUUUGUGGCAAAUUGUGAUAGGAACCCAGUUGUGUUUGAAGGUUGUAGUAGAAAGAAGUUCUUUACCAGUUCUUCUGGGUACCUAGGAACAUUUCCAUGAGAAAUUCAAAUUAAAGUCAAAGUCAUGGUCUCACCUCUGCCUGUUUCUGCUGGGUCUUUGGGCUGUUCAGAAGCAGCAAGUUGGAAUGGGCAUGUCUGGGUGCAUUAAAAGUUUAAGACCAUCUUUAGUGUGUUUGAUCUAUAAUUCAUCACAAUCAGCUGAGGCUUUUAGGGGAUGGCUAAAAGGAAUGUCUUUGAGCCCAAAGUGUAGAAAACGAACACUUGGCUGCUGCUGUCACAUCCUGUAAGUGUGGUCAGAUGAUGGUGGGACUCGAGGGACAGAGGAGCACUUGAUGCGUGUGAAGCCGUGCCUGAGUGAGAAGGCAGGGCAGCUGCUUCCCGUUCCUGCUCGGUCCAUGGUUUGCAGCAAGGGCGCUGCAGGCAUGUAGCCCUGGGUUCUUCUGUGAUGGGGUGUUUGAACUCACCAGCAGAAAAUACAUUUUGGGUGUGGGGAUAGGGUAUUUGGAUUUAUAAACUCCCCGUUCUUAGCAGCUAACAGUGGUUUUCUGAAGCAUGGGAAAUGAUAUUUGAUGUCCCCUCUUUCUUCUAACUACUGCUUUUACUUGCAAAAAUGAUUCAUUUGCAGGUGAUUUUUUUUUUUUUUAAAGGUAUUAGUGACUGUCCUUAACAAGCCAGGUCCACUACUGUUGCUUUGUGGCAAGGUUGGGAUGCUGUGUGUGGAGGCAGCGUGAUGACCUUCAUCACGUGAUGCCACCCAUGGGGCUUCACAGUCCACCCUUUCCCUAGGCGUGUUUUGUGGGCUUUUCCCGAGAGAAUGGGUGUUCUGUGGGGGAGAAUCUCUUGGAACCAAAGGACCUCUUGGAAACCACUUCUCAGGUGAGCUGGACUUUAGAACCCCCGUCCCUGCCCUGUGAGCAUGGUGUUGAGUGAGCACUUGGGAAAUGCAGAGCUGGAACAGGCCCUGACAUCAUGCUGUUGCCCUUCCUUCUGGCCAUAGCUUAAAAAACAAAAACACAUUUCCCUUCAUAGUGGGGUUUCCAUUGGAAAGGCCUGGUGGUUGCAGGCCAAGUGGCAAGGCUGCUACCAUGGACCCUUUGGAAACAGGCCUGGAACACUCACCAGCUCUCCUCGUUUGGAGAUGGGCCAGCAUGUUCCUGUGACUCAAACCAUGUGGGUUCAAGACCCUGUGAGAACACAGUGACUUGCCACCACCCAGAACUUUGCGGGGCUCCAAAGCCCUUCAGGGCCAACUUACCUUAUGGAGUAAACCACAGCCUGACCUUGGCAGGACCAUCUCCAGAAACUCCAAGACCAGAUUUUAUCUUGCAUGUGAGUGUCAAGAAGCUUUGAACUUUUCUGUGUCCUAGUUUUAAGGAAAAAGUGCUCUCUUGUCCAGGUAAAUACUAAUAUUUUAACCUGAGCAUUAUUUCCUAUUCCAUGUAGGUGUGUCUUUUAACUCUAAAGACAAGUUUAGGUUGAAUUUAAGCAUCUAACAUAAUUAAAUUUCUGUUAGUUGUUAUUUAGCAUGGCAAGAGAGUUAAACUUGAAAUGAGCAGUAUAUGUGAGCAGUGGGGAACAGGCUUCCCUGUGGUCUUGAUUUAUGGGCCUGUUGUAAUGGUUCAUGGGCACAGGGCCCUUUUCCACUUAUAAAGCAGGAAAGUGUGGUUUGUACCAUGGAAGUCCGGGGGAAUCAGCACCCAUGGGUCGCUGGAGAGCUGCAAAAAGAGGAGGAAACAAGCCAAGGUUUCUCACAGCAGAUUGGGUGGUUACAGAGCCAGGCCGGUCUUGGGGAGCUGAGUGCCACCCAGGACGGUUUGCGGUGGUGACAGAGCUUCACUGUGGCAGGUAAAUGUUUCCCUGCUUAGAGAGGCUUAUCCGUUGGUUGAUGGCAUGUGGUUUUUCAGUAUCUGAGUCAUGAGUUGUGUAGGCAUUUUGAAGACCAGUGUUAGAGAUAAUGUCAUUAGUAACAGAUACUCUUCUGCCUUCUCAGAAUGUUGGACAAUUGUUUGAUGUCAUCAGGUAUGAUAGAACAGGGGGACCAGUUGAAGAGCAGGAGGGCAACCCUGUGCUGAAACUCGAACACGCUUGUCCCCUAACAGUGGGAUGUCCCAGUGAUGGAUGGGAAAACAGUAGGGAGUCAGCUUGCACUUCUAGAGCUAAGCACACCUGCCCGAAACACUCAGAAUCAGUUGAUUCCUGUAUGUCAUUGUGACACAGAGCCCAAGAAUUGUCGGGGUGUCCACCAUGCUUACUCUGAAAGUGGUCUGCCAUAUAUUCAGGUACUGGAUCCAGUGAAUUUGAAGCCCACACAUAUGAUUACACUGUAAGUAUAAUGUACAUUUUGCAAGUUUUAAGGUUCUUUUCCAGAUUACUUUGUAAUUUUUUUAGAGGUAGAAGACAUAGUUCUUAAUUUCAGUACUAAAUGGUGGUUUUAUAUUAUAGCUGCAUUAGUCCUGUGUUCAGAAGCGGCAGACCUUUACCCCCAAGGGAGGAUUUACUCGGUAACAAAAAAUGGCCUAGUUAUCGUUUUUCUGGAUCCUACAAACUGGGACAUUAUGUGUGUAAGCAGAGGGAACAGACAGACCUGCCCUUUUCUUAUCCCAAGUUCCCAAUUCCAGAAGAUACACUGUGUUUCUGCUCAGUGGAGUGACAGGAAAUGAAGCUGGUGUUCAAGCGACCAGACAGGUUGUGCCUGGAAUUCACACUAGACGGGUAGGUACUUUCUACACAUUUGUCCCUUGUACAGUGGUGGUGACCAGGCACUCAUUUUAUGUAAAAGCACACAGCAGUGAUGGUGUUCAGCCCCUCCAGGGAGCCACCCUCAGAUCUCUGCCUCCUGACUUGAACCUGCUGCCUUGGAGUGAGUGGGAAGUCCCGCGCUCAAUUGCACGGCUAAAGGUGAAGCCGCGCGAUUGAGCCCGUCCCAGAGCCACGACCCCGAGCCGUGAUGGGUGUGGGCUUCAGAGCCUGGGCAGGGCGGCAGAGCUGUGCAGUCAUUGUCUGCCUUCAACCCCGGCUCUAGGGUACUGGUAGGCUAUGGCUGGGACCCACUUUUGGUGGCUGGUCGUCUCUACAAAAGGUACGUGCAAUCCAGCAACAGAACCUGGAAUGUCAGUGCCCAGCAAGACUAGUAGCUGUUGGUGGUUGUUGCCCUCACUUGGAAUUGAGCACUGUGACCUCCCUCCCCCCUUCUGGGGACAGAGGGCUUGGUGAGUGUUAUUGGUAAAGCAUUUUUAUUGCUUGGCUACCAGUGCCUGUCUUACCACUUAAUAGAAUGUAUUUCUUACGCUAAUAAAUUAGUCAGUAGAAAACCACAAAUGUAGGUUGCAGAGUCUUUGUAGGCUGAGGUGGAUGUGCAAUCUGCUGAGUGCAGUAAAAAGACAUCAAGAGAGAGGUAUGUGUCUCCCCCGUGAACCUCCUGUAGGGUCUGGAGGGCUCAGGGCCGCGGUGUCCCUGUGGGUCCCCAGGCACCCACGGUAGAGCAUUUCCACAGGCUCUCCCAUCCCUCCCUUGGUUGCUCCAUCCAGACCUGAAAAUGGCAACAAAAUCUGCCACUUCCUGGAUUGCAGUAUCGGAUGUACUUGGUCUUGCAAGAAGGAAUUUGCCAAGCAGUGGUGUGACAGCUGGAAUUAGCACUUUAUUUUUAAAAAUGACAAUAGAAAAGUACCUUUAAACAGUUUAUAAAAGCAGAACAGACUGUGUGGAAGUUGCUCUGUUUUCCUUGGAAACAAGAGUCUACAACUGUCACCAUGAACCAGGUGGUGCUGGAGGCCUCAGCAGCGCUUGGGUGCACCGGAGACACCCCUUGCCAGCCUUUCUCGUAAGUUUAUAGCCUCUCACCCUUGGCUCUCGUUUGUUUUGUGAUGACCUUUAAAAGCAUCUUGACACCUUGAUUUCUAAUAGAAAAUAAUGAAACUAAAAACCCAACACCAGCCAUAUAUAUAUAAUCAUUAGAAUAUAAAUAUCUUCAGCACACUGUGAGCAGAUCAAUAAGAGAGCUUGUGGUCACGUUUAGUAUGUCAGCAGUUAAAAAUCUGUAGGUCAAUGUAUGUUUACACACGGCUGCUCUUCCACAGUGGGGAGAGCGUGAGGUGACCCUGGAACAGUGUCAGUUUCCCACACAGGACUGACCCGGGUGUGGAGGGAGUCUUGAAGCAAGCUGACCUCUCCUCAUUGCUCACGCAUCUUCCCCCAGGCCAGUGUGUCAAAGUGUCCCCGUGAGUACAGCAGGAUUCAAGGUCAGGUUUUUAAAUGGUUCGUAUGGCCUGGUGCCUCCAAGCCUCAGGAACACCAGCUCAGUUCAACUGAUAUUCUGCAAAUCGCUUGGGAGGUGCCCACUGCGGCCGCGUGGGCAGGGCUGGGCUCCCCAGUGGAGGCUUCCCCUUUAGACUCAGCACAUCAGCUGGUGGUGGUGUGCAUCAGCGGGGCUCACGCAGGAGCCUGCUGUUAGAAGGAAAAGGCAAGACCCAGAGCUCCACACACAGUUUGUAUGGUCACCUCGAGCUGCUGGGCGUGUUACGCGUGCACCUCAACGAGGAAUCUGCACCAAGCACAGGCUGCUUUGCCCAGCUGGGAAUCCACCAUCACACUGGAAGCUCCUGGAGGCUCUGAUUGUCUUGCAGGGCAUCCUACCAGACUUGGAAGCAAACCUCAGGGGCCGCACCAGCAGUUCUAACCUCUGUCGCCGUGUUACUCAUGGACCCAGGCCAGAUGUGUGAUAGAGGCUGUGGCAAAGUCUUGAAGGGCUCAAAACUGGGCGAGGUGUUGUUCAAGCCUGAAACAGAAAGAAGGUAUGUAAGAGGUGCUGAUCUCAUAACCACGUACAAUCCUUUCUCUGAGCCGCAGGGCUGUUUGGAGACAUGGUGGAUAGAAGUCCCAGCUGGGAGACCCCUGGCUGCUCCCCUUCAGAGCUGUGCAUGUACUCGUCUGUGUAAACACAGAAUACACUCACUGACCCUCUCCACAGCAAGACCCUGCACUAGAGGAUUGGUGGCCUCACAGUGGGUGCUUAAUUUCUAUUUCUCUUUCCCCUGCAGCUGCAAGGAAACACUCAUUAUUUUGUGGCAGAAAAAAGGGCCUUUGGACGAUCAACAAGACUUUGCCUCUGCCAGAGCCCCGCCUGGCUCCCAGGAGUUUCUUAAACACAUCUCAAUUCUUUGUGUCUGAAUUUACUCGGUGGCACUAGUGGUAAAGAACCCACCUGUCAAUGCAGGAGACUUAAGAGAUGUGGGUUCGAUCCCUGGGUCAGGAAGAUUCCCUGGAGGAGGAAAUGGCAACCUACUUCAGUAUUCUUGCCUGGAAAAUCCCAUGGACAGAGGAGCCUGGCAGGCUGCAGUCUAGAGGGUUAGACCCGACUGAGUGACUAAGUACGCAAAAAGGCUGCAUUGGUAAGUGUCCUGCUCUUACUCAUUUUACUAUCGUCUAACUCCCCAGUCCCUUCUUUUCUUACCAAUAGGUGAGACUCACAAAAGUCUGACUGUAGGAAAGGGACUAGAAUUUUGGGUUUGUACAUGGGAGGCGGCUGUCAUUACACAUAGUUUAAGGCCCCUAUAUUUGAACUUUUGAAAGUUGUGGUGUCCAGUCAGGUAAGUUCACGUGUCUGCAGUAAACCGUCACGUGCCUGCAUCCUCUACAAGUGGUUGUGCUUUUGUGUACUUUACAGUAUAGAGGAGAGUCAUACAGUAUAAAGCAAGUAGCUGGUACCACUGUGAAGUGCCAAGUGCUAGCGGUGGAAACAAAAGUGAAGAUAACUGAGUGUGGAGCAAGAGGAAAAGAUGAAAUUGAAGGCCCAGGGAAAGGAUGAAGAGAAACUGAAGUGCUUCGAGAUGCAGGACGUGAAAAGGGGAUUUUCUUUAUUUAAGGAGGCAUGGGAUGGGAACGUAGAACAAGAACACAAAGGUUGUAGCAGCUAUUCAGAGUGCAACCCAGUGUUACCACAUGGAUGGUUUUUUCCCAAGAGAAUAGAAUUGAACCAGCAAGGAACCAGAAUCUGUGGUGCAAUCAACAUCAGGCAAGAGUGAAACUGCACCUUGCCUUCAUCUCCUACUGCUGACGAUCCUUCACUUCCCCGCCCUCCUUCGGUCAGUAACUGUUCUUCCCUGUAUGCCAGUUGUUGUAUUCCUGUACUUAUCAAGGGGACUGUAGGAUUAAAAGUGUUUUGUUUUCUCUGGA